CUCCAGCAAGUUUGUCAGAAAAGGCAGGAGGGAAAAGAGCUCAGUGUCGUCAUCGUGUUGGAGAGCAAAAGAAAUGAAACUGCUUUUUCAAAGAUUCAAGGUUGUCCCACGUGGAAGAGUCACCUCUAGCUCAGAAAGAUGGGGGAAAUGGAACAGAUGAAGCAGGAGGCUGAGCAGCUGAAGAAGCAGAUUGCGGAUGCCCGGAAAGCUUGUGCAGACACAACACUUGCUCAGAUCGUGGCUGGUGUGGAGGUUGUUGGUCGCAUUCAGAUGCGGACCCGAAGGACCCUGCGUGGGCACCUGGCCAAGAUCUAUGCCAUGCACUGGUCGACGGACUCCAAACUCCUGGUCAGUGCCUCACAAGACGGGAAACUGAUUGUGUGGGACACGUACACAACUAACAAGGUUCACGCCAUCCCUUUGCGUUCUUCCUGGGUUAUGACCUGUGCCUAUGCCCCCUCGGGCAAUUUUGUGGCCUGCGGGGGUCUUGACAACAUGUGCUCCAUCUACAACCUCAAGACUCGUGAAGGCAAUGUCAAAGUGAGCAGAGAGCUCUCAGCCCAUACAGGUUACCUCUCCUGCUGCCGAUUUCUCGAUGACAACAAUAUUGUGACUAGCUCUGGAGAUACCACGUGUGCGCUCUGGGACAUUGAGACAGGGCAGCAGAAGACGGUGUUCCUGGGCCACACUGGAGACUGUAUGAGCUUGGCAGUCUCCCCGGACUUCAAGCUGUUCAUCUCUGGGGCCUGCGAUGCUACUGCCAAACUGUGGGACGUGCGGGAGGGUACCUGCCGUCAGACCUUCUCAGGGCAUGAGUCUGAUAUCAACGCCAUCUGUUUCUUCCCUAAUGGUGAAGCCAUCUGCACUGGCUCAGAUGAUGCCACCUGCCGCCUCUUUGACCUGCGGGCCGACCAGGAGCUCAUAGUUUACUCUCACGAAAGCAUCAUCUGCGGAAUCACGUCAGUCGCCUUCUCCCGCAGUGGGCGCCUCUUGCUUGCUGGAUACGACGACUUCAACUGCAACAUCUGGGACUCCCUGAAAGCAGAACGUGUGGGAAUCCUGUCUGGCCACGACAACAGGGUGAGCUGCCUGGGGGUGACAGCGGAUGGCAUGGCUGUUGCCACUGGCUCCUGGGACAGCUUCCUCAAGAUCUGGAACUGAGGAUGACAGGAGAGAGGAAAAGAGCAGCGGAAGCACAGCCCAUGGCAGAAAGCAUCACCAGCUGAGCACAACAGAAACGCCUACUUGUCACUCCCGCUUGUCUCUACACACAGGUCACUUGUAGGGGGUCUCUUAGAGUGAAAGGAAGAGAGGUCAGGGGGUGGGGAAGCAGGAGCACACACACUGGCUCUUCUCCCCACUUCUAAACAAGCCCAGCAGUUUCCAGCCUCUUGUAGGCUUGAAGACUGCAAAACACAACUGUUCUUUACAUCUCAGGACUUUACAAUGCAGUUCAGAUCCCGUGUCUUCCUUCAGAGACCUCUACCCACACUUGACACCCAUCCCUCUGAGGACCCCUUAUCCAACACCUCUGUCUUUGACUUAACUACACCUAGCUUCUCCAUGUGGUUGUCAUGUCCCUGCAGACAGCCCCAGAGACACAUGGGGUUGGAGAUUUAUAUCAUGCAACCUCUACCAAAAAGGUAGUAUAAAUUGGGCUCAUUUUCCCUUGGGAAAACUUAGCUCAAGUCCUAUCUAUGCAUAAAUGGGG